UGGUUCUCUGCUUAUGUUUAAUGCAUGGUAGAAGGAAAAGAUAGCUGAGAGGAGAUAGAGAAGGCUUCAUUCACCUAAGUGCUUUACACAAGCCAGGUCCUCUUCUCUUCUUUGUUAUUAUUUUGUUUUAACUAAGGUGUUGGGGCCAGCUUAAACCCACAUCGACUAAUCCUCGGGGAGACUAGCGUAAGCUACUGCUGGUUGACACGGUGAGAGCCUAAAAUGGCUUCAGAUCUCGUGGAUUUGGUCUUCUCAUGGUCUCUUAGUGAUGUACGCAACAACCAACUCUUCAAAGAUAAGGUGAAAGUGAUCCCCAAGACAUUCUUGUCAGCACAGGAUUACUUGGAGUCAUACAUUUUCCCUCUCAUUGAGGAAACACAUGCUGCUCUGUAUUCAAGCAUGAUGAACCUGUACCAAGCACCUAAAUGUCAAAUAGUCCAUGUUCAAGAACUAUCUAAAGGUCAUAAGCCACAGAGAAAUUUGUUUUAUAACAUUGGAGUUUUGAGAGGAGGUGACAGUAAGAAUGGUAAAGAAACCUAUGAGCCUCAAGUAGGAGAUCUUAUUGCUCUCUCAGAUAUAAGACCCAUUCGCAUUGAUGAUUUAAAAAGAUCUUAUCUUCUUGCAUUAGUCAAUGAAAACAGCUCAUUCAUCAAAAUCCGUUCAUCAAAACCCAUUGUGUUUGAACAAAGAGUACCACUGCAGAGGAAGAGGGAACCACUUUUUGCUGUUUUUCUGAUUAACAUGACAACGAAUAUGCGUAUAUGGAAAGCAUUGCACCCGGAGAUGCAAGGGGGAAACAUGAAUGUUAUCAAGGAGGUCUUGUCCACUAAUUCCACUGUCGGGGUUGAUUGUUAUCGCUGCAAGUUGCCACAAGAUGACAGUAUCCCAGAUCUUCAAACCUUCAACCUCAAUGAAUCACAGACUGACGCAGUGGUAAGAUCCAUUGCUACUAAGAGUUGCAACCACAAGAGUUCAGUGAAGCUUAUUUGGGGCCCUCCAGGUACUGGGAAGACAAAGACGGUUGGCACCUUGCUCUGGGUACUUCUAAGAAUGAAAUGCAGAACCCUCACAUGUACACCAACCAAUACUGCCUUAGUGGAAGUCACAUCACGCCUCCUGAAGUUGGUUAAGGAGUCACCUCAGCAUCACAAUUAUGGCUUGGGAGGUAUAGUGUUAUAUGGUAAUAAGGAGCGAAUGAAGAUUAAUGAUCAUCAAGACCUUCAUGAUGUCUUUUUGGAUUAUCGAGCCACUAAGCUUGCAAAGUGCUUUGCUCCAUCCUCAGGGUGGAAUCACCAACUAAAGUCCAUGAUAUCCUUUCUUGAAGAUCCUCGUACUGAGUAUAUUUCUUAUUUGCAGGAGAAAAAUAAGGCAAAGGAGGGUAUUUCUCAAAAUGAUGAGAAAAAAGAUGACAAAAGCAAAAAAGAAAAAGAGGAGGAUAUUCCUGAGAAGUUGAAAGGAAAAACCAUGGAAGAAAUGAAGGAAAAAGUUAUUACAAACUUAAAAGAAGAGAAAAACAAAAAAAUAUCACAUGAUGAGAUUCUUGCUCAGGACUGUAAAAAGCAAUUGAAUUGCCUGAAACCAGAGGAUCCUUCUGAAACCAAGAAAACAGAAGGGAAUGAGGAUGAAAAGAAAGAUGUUUUGACAAUUGAGGAGUUUAUGAAGAAAAGAUUCACUCAUAUUUGGAUGGACCUUAAGUCACUUAUUAUUACUUUGUGUAUACACCUACCUACAUCCUUCAUUUCAGUGAGAGUAGGAGACCACAUGAGUAAAGCUCGCCAUAUGCUUGAAUCUCUUGGAACUCUGUUACAUGGAUCGGUUUCUGAUGAAGACCUGAAGUGUGUCUUUUUUUAUUCUGAAAAUUUAAAGACUACAUUUGGUGACUCCAAUACACUCUUGCUUGAUAUGACCAAAAAUCAGUGCCUUCAGAUUCUCAAGACACUUAAUGAAGAAUUUUCAGUUCCUAAAUAUAUGAAUAUACAUUCGAUAAGGAAUUUCUGUUUGCAACAUGCUUACCUGAUUUUCUGCACUGCUGCAAGCUCAACUAAGUUGCAAACAGAUAAGAUGACACCAUUGGAGUUGUUGGUUAUUGAUGAAGCAGCACAGCUUAAAGAAUGUGAAUCAGCCAUUCCCCUCCAACUCCCUGGUGUCCGGCAUGCCAUUCUCAUAGGUGAUGAACAGCAACUACCAGCAAUGGUUCAAAGCAAGAUUUCGGAGGAGGCUGGAUUUGGAAGAAGUCUGUUUGAAAGGUUGGUAUCAUUGGGACACAAGAAGCACCUUCUCAAUACCCAGUAUAGAAUGCACCCAUCAAUAAGCUUAUUCCCAAACACAGAAUUCUAUGGAAAACAGAUUUUGGAUGCUCCAAAAGUCAAAGAAGGAAGCCAUGAAAGACACUUCCUUCGAGGUAAUAUGUAUGGGCCCUAUUCAUUUAUAAAUGUCGCUUAUGGAAGGGAGGAAAAUGAUGGGCAUGGAAGGAAAAACAUGGUGGAGGUAGCAGUGGUUUCUGCGAUUGUGAAAAGCCUCUUCGAAGAAUCAGUUGCUUCAAGGCAGAAGCUUAGUGUUGGUGUAAUAUCCCCAUACAAGGCUCAAGUUUUUGCGAUUACAGAGAAACUUGGAGGCACAUAUGAUAAUUACAAUGACUUCUCUGUGAGUGUUCGGACUGUUGAUGGGUUUCAAGGUGGCGAGGAGGAUGUAAUAAUAGUCUCUACUGUCAGGUCUAAUGAGGAAGGAUCGGUGGGUUUCCUUGACAAACUUCAGCGUACAAAUGUAGCAUUGACCAGGGCAAGGUACUGCCUCUGGGUAUUUGGGAAUGCUCAAACUUUAAUCAAAAGUGAUUACAUUUGGAGGAAACUAGUCCUUGAUGCACAGGAUCGGGGGUGUUUCUUUGAUGCUGAUAAGGACAAGAGCUUGAACGAAGCAAUAAUUUCUUGUCUGGUUGAACUUGGUGAAUUUGACAAGCUACUUAAUUUGGAUUCUCUACUGUUUGAUGGAGCGAGGUGGAAGGUUUUCUUCAGCAAUGAUUUCUGGAAAUCAAUGGCUAAAAUAAGAAGGAUUGAGACUCAGAAAGAAGUGAUUGCUAAAUUUAUGAAGCUUGCAAGUGGAUGGCGUCAUCCCGGGAAGCAGGAAGAUCUAUACUUAACGGAUGGCAUUUCCUCUGAGCUGCUGGAAGUAUACAAGGUUGAUGAGUUGUUCAAUCUAGUCUGGACUGUUGAUGUUCUCAGAGAAAAUUUCAAUUGCAUCCAAGUCUUGAAAUUUUGGGAUGUUUUACCAUUGCAAGAGAUACCAAAACUAGCAAAGCGAGUGGAUGUUUUCCUUGAGAAUUAUAAAGUAGACGAUAUUAACCGCUGCAAGUUCAAAUGUUCUGAAGGGGAGUUGGAAGUUCCAAUGAGUUGGGAAAUCUCAAGUGCUGCAACUUUUGAGGACCAAUACAAUCCAGAACCUCUGCAAUAUUUGUCAAGUCGUUUCGAUUCACUCCAUCUGGGGAAGGAACCAAAUGCAUCAGCACCAGAAAAUGGGGAUUAGAGUUGGUGGCUCAAUAUGCCUACGCAUUUCCAGAAGGCUACUACAUACAUCCAGCUUAAAGAAGAAUUUUGAAAGUAUCUAAAAUCCUUCUCCUGCAAACAUUUUCUAAGACAUCUCUCCUAUUUGAUUGGAUUUUGCUAC